GUCCCCGCGGCGCUUCAGAACGCCCCAGCGCGUGGUAACUCGGCUGCCCCUGUCCCCGCCCACAACGCCAACGCCAACGCCAAGUCAAAGUCAGCCGCCCCGCCCGUCCCUCUCCCCUCCCCACCACCUCCCUCAGACAUGGACACCAGCAAGCUCCGGGCCUUCGUGAAAUUAUGUCAACAAGACCCUGGCCGACUGCACACCGAGGAGCUGCGCUUCCUGAGGGACUGGGUGGAGAGCAUGGGUGGGAGGAUACCCCCUGAUGCACGAAGAUUUAGAUCAGAUGAUAGACACUGGGGAGGGGAAUCGGAAAGAUGGAAACUGGAGGACUACAACAGGAAAGACGACAAGGACACUGAGGAAAGUGAACUAGAACUUGAUAAUGAAGGAGUAGUUGAAGCCGACUUUGAGGGCCCUCAGGAAAUGGGAGAUGCCGCUGGAGAGGUAACAGAUGAGAUGAUAGAUCAGUCCAAUGAAUACAAAGUGAAAGGUCUUGAUGCCCUGCACAAUGGUGAAUUCCAGAAAGCCCUCGAACUGUUCACAGAGGCCAUCAAACUGAAUCCUUGGUUGGCCAUUUUAUAUACCUUAAGAGCCAGUAUUUUUAUUGAACUGCAGAAGCCAAACGCUGCCAUCAGAGAUUGUACUAAGGCAAUUGAGCUCAAUCCCCAUACCUCGGAACCUUACAAAUGGAGAGGAAAAGCACACAGACUUCUGGGCCACUGGGAGGACGCAGCCCGGGAUUUGACUCUGUCUUGUAAACUGAACUUUGAUGAAGACGCCAAUGCUGUGCUCAAGGAAAUUCAACCAAGGAUCCAGAGGAUUCUUGAACAUCGGCGAAAAAAAGAGCAACGACAGAGGAGACGUGAGCAGAGACGUGAGGAGCGGAAGUACAGAGAAAGGGUGGAAAAGAUGAGGAAGGCUAGAGCAGAGUUUGAUAAGGCCAAAAAAGAGGAAGAAGCUAGGAAAAGUGCCUUUACCCCUUUCCAAUUUUUUCUUGGAGAAAUACCUCGAAGGGCGGGGAGAUUAAGGACUAUACCUGGAACAUCAGUGCUUAAUGAAAUUCUUGGUGACCAAGAAAUUCUUGCAGCCAUGCAAGAUAAAGAAAUUAUGCAUGCCUUCCAGGAUGUGGCCCGGCAUCCAGAAACUAUGAGCAAAUAUAAGAACAACACAAAAGUUAUGAAUUUCUUUAGCAAAUUGACAAACAAAUUUGGUGGGUACGAAGAGCUGUUCAAUGAAGACUUUGACACUGGUGAAGAGUUAGAUGGUGUUCACAGUGAAGAUAGCUUUGAGGUUUUGGACCCAUCUGUUGAUGAUGAUACUUGGCUCCCAGGACGACAAAAAUACUUUGACCAUUUUCUUAGUAGUGAACUGGACAAAAUUGAACAACGAAGACGUUUGCAGAAAAUUGGUGAGAACUUGAGGGGUGCAAGUAGUGAUGACGAUUUACCUGGAAGAAGAAAACUGCCCUAUUAUAAGGAUUUGGACGAUCUCAGUGAUGAAGAGCAGUAAGGUGGGACGUGAGACCUAACAAUACUAAAAAAAAAAAAUUAAAACAAAGACAAACAAAAAAAUAAUAAAACCCAAAUUGGUACCAGAUCACUCCUGUACAAUGGAUUGCUGACAUAUACCAAACACAGAACCUACUGUCCGUAAUUAUAUCAUACCCCCCUCUUCCUUUAAAUGACAGUUCCUGCUCCUUCCUCCCAAGUUCCCUUGUGUAUUUGCUCCUUAUUUCACAAGCUAUUUAGGAGUAUUAUAAGCAUACUUUGCAUAAACAAUGGGACUUAUAUAUAUAUAUUUUUUUUCUUUUUGAACAAAAUGCUACUGAAAAAAUCAUGACUUCAUACCAAGCAUCCAAUUUCCACAGUAUUUGGAAACAACUUUCUGAAUUUCAAAUAUUUGCCUUUUGAAUCUAAGGAACAUAUUUGUUUUCCUCUUUAGAGUAUCAGGCAUAUAACUUAUGCAAAAUAUUCUUGGACUAUCUAGGGAGAAAGAAUAAAUUACCAUUCCCAACCUUCUUGAUCAAAAUGAAAAGUCAUACACUUGUUUGCAAGUCACUGGAGAAAACCUCUGUUGAUCUAGCUUAAUUUGUAAGGUAUGUUCUUUAAAAGAGCAGAAGUUAUUGAUGAUGUCUGAUAGGAUUCCAGUCAGGAACUGGAGCCAAAGACAUGAUCUGUUUUGGGCUUUGGGAGUAGACAGAUUAUUCCUCAUUGAAUGCCAAAGGCCAGAAAUUCACUGAAGGCAGCUUACAAUGACAAUGUUCAUUUCACCAAAGGGGCAACGCUGAGGUUCAUCUUCCCAUUAGUUUUGUUUUGUGGGGGCUGUUUGUACAUUAGAGAUUUCUGUUGAAGGUAGAAGUGUCUGCAAAAUUUAUUAAUCCUCAAUAGACAGUGACAAUGCAGUGGCUGCAUUCAUAAGGAAGAAGAGGCUUUGCUCUAUGAAGUACUCUAAAUCUCUAAAUCUCUCUAUCCAUAACAUGGAUAUGUUGAUAUGUUUACUUAGUGUCUUACUUGUGGGGUACAGAUGCGCUUUGUGCUUAAGGUGUUGGUUAACCUUUGGUACCAGGAAAAGAAAAAAAAAGGACUAUCAUACAAUUGUAAAGUGAAAAUUAAAUAUCCUUUUGUUCAGUCAUGUCAACUUCAAUAAAAUAAAAGAUGACUGGUUGCUUCAACAUUA